UCAUUCCACUAAAGGGUGUAUAUUCCUUACAAAGCCAGUUGACAUUCGCCAGAUCGACCAUAUGUCUGAUGACCUGGUUGAGGAUACGCUAGGUCCCCUCCUUGGCGUUAGCGAUUGGUUAGACUGGCUAAAAGACAGAAAUGAGGUGUAUUAUUAUGCCCAGAAUGGACAAUAUGGUGACUUUUCUGGUUUAAUUUUUAACUUCAGCCCGGAUUCGUCAUCUUUGCCAUAUCGCGGUGGUAAGGGGCAACUGUCGAAGCGAUGUGCGAAUGAAAACGAAUGUAGUAGGGAUAGAUCGGUCGCUAGAUCAGGUGUUAAUCCUGUGACAUUUGCCAAGGAUGAUGAAAGACCUGAUUAUGCUUCACUGAUUAGAGUAGAAACACAUGAAGGUUUUAAUAGAUCACAACAAACACAAGAACUGGUUGACAAAUCUUCUACAAGACAUGAUGUUACGGAUAUUCUUUCUGACGAAGCACAUACUAAUCUGGAUGCUCAAACAUUUUUAAAUACCUUUGGUAUGGUUGAUGAUAUUCACCUUAAUUACCACUGGAAUAAAAUUGAUCCACGUAUUUUAAAAUUAGCACGAAACCGUGGACUUGAGCCUACAACGUUAGGUCAUGUACUUCGCAGGCGUGAAAAGCUUUGGGCAAAAAUACAGUGCAUUGACAAAAGCGCAAGGUCUGAUUUUGAGAAGCAUCUUGAUUUAUAUCAGCAGCAGUUUGAACACUAUAGCAAAUCAACUGACGGUUGGGUGAGUGUAACCACUGAGCAUAAAAGAGACCCACUUUUCGAACAACCUCAUACUUAUUUAACAGGGAUUCAAAACUCGUUGAAAGGGAAUGAAAAAGCAACAGAAAAAUCAAACUCUAACCAUAAGGGAAAGAAAAAGCCGUCUGAGGAUUCGGUAAAAAACUCAAAAGGAAUAAGUGUUCUUCCCAGGGGAAGAUACAACUGGAACAAUGUUAUUUUUACCCCCAAUAUCGGUGACUCCAGUGACCUAAUUCGUCGGUAUGGUAAAAAAACUGCGCGUCUCUACAAAAAUCUUUAUGAUUGUUUAGUUCAUGGCUGGGUACACCCUGGACUAGUGGUUUGUGAGGUGAAGGAUGCUACUCAUCCAAUACGUUUUGCUACGCCACCUGAUCAAGAUUGCUACACUGUUAUAUAUGCUGGUCCUACAAUUCUGGAUACGGCAACACAGCGAGUUGUGUUCGGUGAAUAUACUGGCGUGGUUUACCGCGAAGAGUCUCUAGAGGACUCAUUAUUUGAAUAUGCUUUCGAGCUGAACUUUUCCACAGCAGCUUGGAUAAAUGCAGAUUUUGAUUAUUAUGAAGAAUCCGCGGAUAUUACGAAUCGGGGAGAUCAGGUUCUGCUUCCAAAUACAUCGAAAUACGUUUUAGACAGCAGUCGGGCGUGCAACGAACUCAGUUUGGUCAAUCAUUAUCAAUCUAUCAAAGCAUAUGGCGGUGAGAAAUGGCCAUUUCCGAAUUGUGAAUGGCAGCAAGUGUUUUUAGAUGGUUGGCCACAUGUUGUUUUAACCUCCAAGCUAGGAGUUUCUAUCAAACCUGGAGACGAACUGGUGGCCGAUUUUGGCGCUCUUUGGUUUUCGAAAGUUGAAGAAACUGCCCACAAAGCCAUUCGCAAUGAGAUUAUUCAAUACAGACUUGGAACCAUCGUACCAUCAACUUCCAUUCAGCAAUUGGAGGUUCCACAACGGCCACUUUCCAGUAUUGACAUAGGGCUAAAAUCCAAUACUUUGGCUGCAGCUGCAGCUGUCUGCAGCAUAUGUUACAUUUCUUCGGAUGAUAUGUGUGAGUUGUCGAAUGAAAUAAAUGACGGAGAUUACGAAUCUGUGUCAUGUGAUGGUUGUGAUCGUUUUUUCCACAUACGUUGCAUUAGAUCUUUGAAUAAAGCAUCAGCGGUAAACCUUGUGAAGGAUGGAUUGCGCUGCAAAUGGGUUGUUUCUGAUACAUACAAAGGAAUUCCUCAGGGGUCCGGCAAGUUUUACUGCAGUUAUUGCAGGCAUUUAGCAAAGAAGAUAUACAUGCAUGACACUGGGUAUGAUUAUAUGCCACUGUUGUCUAGUGUUGAAGACAGAUACACAUCCUCUAAACGUAUGUCACCUCAUCGCAAUGUUGACGUAGGUUUAUAUAACAAGCCUCACGACAUAACCAAAAAAUGUGCUCUACCAGCCUCUAACACAGUUUCGUUAAAUACUAUAUCAGGCAAUGUCAAUAGUUUGGCUCCAAUAUCUUGUCGGAUGCGCACUCUGGCUAACCCAACCUACGUUGAUUUAAAUAUGGUUGAUCAUGACAAACCAUCGGGAAGCGAAGAAAUACAGCAAACACUAACGGACUCGAAUACAAGUGAAUCCGUAAUAUCAUCAUCUAGUCAAUCGGAAUAUGAAACUCUGCAUAAAAAUGGAGCAAAGGAGAAUUUGACAGACGAUCUACAACAGUAUGAUGGUAAGAAUUCUGUAGAGUCUGGGAGUCACCAACAACUGAAUUCACCAGCUACAAAUAGAUUGGGAGGGCUUCACGAUACCAUCCGCUGUGUAACGUGUAUGAGGCCAUUGAAACAAAAUGUAUCAGAUACAAAUCAGCUGACUAACACUCAUGACUCAGUUAGCAAAGACAAAGUAUUGCUUAACAAUUACGAUAGCGUAAAACAGUCCCUUGUUUCAUCUGGAAAUAUGUCUAUCACAAGUGGAGCAUCACAUCAAUCAACGGCAACGCUUCAAAAUAAUGAGGCAGAACUCAAAUUGAAUAGUGCAAAGGAGUCGUCUUCCAGUGAACCACAUCGAGUUGCUGAUACCGUGAAUGAAUCGCAGCAUAGUUUUGAAUGUCUGAUAAGCGAGCGUCACACUGAAAAUAUAUCAGGUGACAAGCAUAGGAGGCCACUUGAAAAGGAUAUAAAUGUAAACACCGUUGCAGAUACGGUGCAAUUAGACUUAUUUGAUGAUGAAGACCCAAUGAAAAGCAUAAAGUUGGUCAAUAGAAAUAAGAAACCAGCUAUCAUUGUCAAUACUUCCCAAUGGAUCCCAACGGAAAACAUAGAAAGGGCUAUACAUUUUUUCAAAGCCAUUGAAAAACAUCACAACAAUACGACGUUAUUAUCGUCUUUUGAUGGCGCGGUUAAUUCACGUAUAGGCGAAGACACGACUUUGGUGGACUAUCUUGGUUGUAAAUAUCUCGCUGGUAUGUGGCAAGUUGAACCAUUUGCGCAUUUUGGGGACAGCGUUAAGCUAUGUACGGAAUGUUACAAUGACAAAGGUCCCAAGGCAAAUGUUUAUGUUUGUCGUUUGUUGAAGCGUCAUUUAGGUGGUAAUUUCGAUCACCCAAUGAAUACCACUCCAUCACAGAUGCGCGAGCUUGUUCUAAUGGCCUAUGAACAGCAUGUACAGAUGUUACUGAGAUUGUUGGUAUUAAAGAACGUUGCCAUUAACUUUUUAUGUCGAGUGUGUUGCCAUUUCAUAGCCAAGCAGUUAUUUCUACAGAAAAAGAAGAAUUACCCACCCUUACCUUUCCCAAGUUAUUACAUGGGAAAAAAGUUAGGAACACCUGAAGGUCUUUUGACGAAGCCCAUGGGAAUGAUUUCGAAGGAAAAAAUUGAGGGCAAGGAACCACUUGAUGAUGAUCAAAAGGAGGUAUUGCAAUCGCAUUUAGUAUCAUUUGUAACAUCGGUGAAAAAUGCGGUGGUUGAGGUACCCCUUAGUUCCACUUCGGAUCCAUCGAUAAGCUUUGAGAUGUUGGUUCAAAUGGGCGCGUUAAGUGAUGAAUUUACACGUUUGAUGAAUUGUAAAGAUAUUUGUGAAUAUUUAAAUGACUUGAUGUCACACAAGGUCCUUGAUGGUGAUAACAUCCCAGGUCAGUUGCAACAAAUGUUAACAGGGGACGAGUUAUCACGUUUCAUGUCAUUUAAACAUCUUUCUGAGCGUUUUCCAGGCCCUUUCGUGGCAUCACAAACUGCUUAUACCAAUGCGAAGAAACGGCAACGUGGGCAUGCUGACUCCUCCUUAUUCAACAUACAACCUGGAUUCUCAUACAUUUAUCGCCAAUUUAAGGAUGGGUAUUACAAGGGAAUCAUAACAAAUCUGGUCGACGGUUCUGAAUACGGUACCCCGGGAUUCCAGGUUGGAUAUAGUGAUGGUGAUGAUGAAGUUAUCACUCAUGAUGAUUUGAUAGUUGAGAUUAUAGACAACUUGCAGCACAUGGAAUCAGUAAUUAGAAAACUUUCGCCUAAUGACAUGCGCAAUGAGGACAUAUUGAAAGCGGUCAGUGAAAAACAGACUACUAUUUCUGUGAUCAGUCGAAAAGUUAGGCGUGAUAUGAUGCAACAUCUAAUUCCUUCGAAAAAUACAGAAAUAUCUAAAAAACUUGAUCGAUGUAAUAACAGUUACUCAGUGGGCGACGAAGAGGAUGGUGAAUCAUCAUACGGUAGAGGCUCCAAACGAAAACUUUCGAAUGACGACAAUGAAUUAUCCGACAAAACACUAUGAGGUCUCAAUAAUUUCAUUGCGUUAAGAACAUACUAAAUGUGUAUACUCUAUGAGCAGAAUU